CACCGGGCUGUUCUUUUAUAUCUGCUUUUGAGAAAACAAAGGCUUUCAGGUAUUAAAACAAUAUUUGAGGACUCAGAGAAACAGCUGGCGGAGAGCCAAUAUGCUUUAAUGCAGCAAUUACUUAAACAAAACCUUCAUGCCUGUAGGAACCGAUGAAACCAUGGGAGUGAGCAAUGGAUCAGCUCUGCUGGAAGAACAACAGGAAACAUCUGCAGACAAAAAAACAAUAUCCCAGUUACUGGGGAUAAUCCACAAACCUCGCUGCCAGGGGGCGGCUGAAGUCUCAGCAACAUUCUCAACACUUCAGCAAAUAAAACUGAAACUCUCAGCAUGUCUGGAUUCCAUUAGAGGUUGGUUCAGUGAGUACAGACAGCUGGCUCAUUUCUUCUCUCUGCUGUGCUUCCUUCUCGUCAUCGUCACUCUGCUCCAGACUUUCUGCUUGGUUCAGAUCACCUUCCUGUUCCAGUCACAGUCAACCCUGCAGGAAACCAAACUGAGAGAUCUGACAAACAGACUGGAGAAGCUCAACCAGUCGUAUCACCUCCUGUUCUCCCAGUACCCGGCUCUGAACCAGUACUGCCCAGUCAGCAACUCCACCACUGGUGAGAGAGCGUGCAGACCGUGUCCAGCCGACUGGACGCCUCAGGGGGAGAAAUGUUUCCUGUUCAGUCAGGAUAGGGCCGACUGGAUGAGCAGCCAGUACCGCUGCAUGGCACUGGGAGGCGCUGUGGCCACAGUCAGGACAGAGGAGGAACAGGUGUUCCUGUGGAAAAAGGCCCAGAGUCUGAGCCAGGGAGACUCGUACUGGCUCGGGCUGAGGAGCGGUGGUAGUGACGGUAGCUGGCAGUGGAGCGACGGCUCCCCGGUGGAGAAGGGACCAGAGUUUCGGCUACAUGAGCCUGACAACAGAGACAGCAGGGAGCUGUGUGGUCGAAUCACCCCAGGAGACGACUACAGGAGGAGCUGGUACAUCUCCAGAUGUUCCAACCAGCUGAGGAGGAUCUGUGAGAGGAGACAAGCUACUCUACAGUGAGGGGAGGGGAGAGGAGAGGAGAGGAGAGGA